AUGUCGUCCGGCAGCUCAAUCCCCCGUCGCCGGAAUCAAAGCGAAAGUGCGGGUAGUGAUGUUGAAUCGGAUGCCUCUGAGCAAGUCAGCCCUAAACGUCCUCGCCUGAACCCCGCUCAGGAAGCUGAAACUCCCGAUGAAGAUGGGUCUGCAAGUGAUGAUGAUGAUGAUGAUGACGAUGAAGGCGAAGAAGAGGGAGAGGAAGAGGAAGAGGAAGAAGGAGAAAGCGAUUCAGCCGAGGAACCCGAAGAACCGAUGCCACCACCACCUCAGAGGCCACUGAGAGCAUACCCGGGAUUUGGACCUGACGGCUACAAGCCUGGCGCAAUCGUGCGCAUAAAGAUGACCAACUUUGUCACCUACACCUCCGCGGAGUUUCACCCUGGCCCCAAGCUCAAUAUGGUGAUCGGGCCAAAUGGAACUGGCAAGAGUACUUUGGUUUGCGCCAUAUGUCUUGGACUUGGAUGGGGACCUCAGCAACUCGGACGCGCCAAAGAUUUGGGUGAAUUUGUCAAGCAUGGCUCUCGAGAAGCAAAGAUCGAGAUUGAACUCGCAAAACGCCCAAACGACACUCGGAAUCCUGUGAUUACCCGCACCAUCAAGCGGGAUGGCAAUAAGAGUACGUUCACACUGAACGGGCAAGCCGUUUCGAAAGAUGCUGUCUUGAAAAAAGCACGGGAUUUCGCUAUUCAAGUCGAUAAUCUGUGCCAGUUCCUGCCUCAAGACAAGGUUGCCGACUUCGCUGCUCUUACCCCCAUCAAGCUUCUUGAAUCCACCCAAGAAGCAGCCGCUGGCCAAGAAAUGCUUCUGCAGCAUAACGCCUUGAAGGAUCUCCGAAAUGCGCAGAAGGAGAUCGAAUUGAACAACCGCGGUAACAAAGAUAUGCUGUUGAAUCUUGAACAGCGACAGGAGGCGCAGAGACCAGAUGUGGAGAGAAUGCGACAGAGAGUCGAGAUUCAAACAAAGAUCGACAAUUUGGAAUUCUCGCGCCCCCUUGUCGAAUACAAGGACUUCUUCAUAGAAUUUCAAGAGCUGAAACAACAGAAGAAUAAAAGCGACCAGGAAUAUGCCCAACUAAAACGUGAUCUUGCACCCGCGCUGGAGGCGGUCAAUUCCAAAGUGGCAUACAAGGAUAAAGUCAGCGAUGUGAAAGACUACCGCGAAAAACAUGUACAACAUCUAGCCACAUUGGCUAAAAAACGCUCGGAUAGGAUGGAGGCACUAGAUCUCUCGAUCAAGGAAUGCGUGGACAAAAUUGAUGCCGAGAAAAAAUCUGGCAAAAAGCACAAAGAUGAAGCCGGUGCGUUGACGCAGUCAAUCAGCAAAUUGAAACGCCAGCAAAUGGACGAAGUGGAGUUCGAUCCUCAGGUGUUUAACGAGAAAAUACAUGCAACAAGGCUCGAAAUUCGAGGAAUUGAGAUGAAGGCCACAGAAAUCCAAACCAGCAAACAGCCCCUAGCAGCAAAGUUCGGCCACCUGGAGCGCUCCAUAGCAACAGAAAAGCAGCAGCUUGCUAGGCUAGAUUCACAGAUUGGCCAACAAGAAAACAAGCUAGCGCAAUUGUCUAGAGACAGCCACAAGGCCUACCUCUGGCUCCGCGACAAUCAGAACAAAUUCGAGAAUGAAGUUUUCGGACCCCCCAUUGUGACUUGUUCUGUCGCGGACCCUCGGUAUGCUAACGCCGUUGAGUCGAUGCUACAAAGAACCGACUUGAUGGCGUUUACAACGCAAAGCCGAAGCGAUUUCCGUACGCUACAAAGAGCCCUCAAUGGAGAUUUGAAACUUUCCGAUAUCUCUAUAAAGACUAUCACAGUGUCGCUUGACAGUCUACAAGCUCCGGUUCCUCAUGAUCAUAUCAAAAGGCUUGGAUUUGAGGGGUUCGUAAAAGACUUUCUACAGGGCCCUGACCCAGUUGUUGCUAUGCUUUGUCAUGAAAAUGGUCUCCACAGGACACCCGUCUCUUUGAAAGAUAUUACUGACCAAGCCUACUCUGAGCUUGUAAACCAUCAAGACAUCAAUUCCUGGGUUUCUGGAAGACAGACCUAUAAUGUCUCACGGCGUCGAGAGUACGGCCCCGGAGCUUCUUCAACUCGCGUGCGCGAGGUAAAGCCUGCGAAGGCAUGGACUUCUCAGCCUGUGGAUGCGGCCAUCAAACAACAACACCAGGAUAAUAUUGUGCAAUGGACAGCUGAGAAAGAUGAUAUCAAGAAGCAAAUGGAGGGACAAAAAGAACAGCUAGAAGCGCUGGGAAAAGAAAGGGAUCAGCUUAAGGAAGAAAUGGUUACCCUCGAGAAAGAAAAAGCCAAAAAGCAGACCGAAUACACGAACUUCCGCGCAAUCCCUGACAAACUGGCUGCGCAAGAGGCGAAAAUGGCACACCUUAAAUCUGCGUUUGAGAGUAUGAAAGAGCGUAUUGCCGACAUUCGUAACCAGCAAGAUCAGAUCGCCAUCCAGAGGGCCGAGGCUGCUGUUGAAUAUGCCAGUGCUGUUGAGGAGCUUCACAAAGCUUACGAGGAGCUCGUUCAAGUUGAAGUUCGACAUCUAGAGGCUGUUUCCGAUCUUCAGAAUCUCCGCAAUCGCCACCACCAGUAUGGAAAGAUGCUCGAAGUAAAAGCCAUAGACAACCAAAAGAUGGAAAAGCGGUACAGUGAAGCACGAGAAAAGGGCCAUAGAUUGAAGAGGACGGCAAAGAAAGUUUCAACGGAAAUGGCUCAGAGACCGGGAGGUCCAGAUAUCAUCGAGAUGCUAGCCCCGGAAGAUUACAACAUGGAUAAAUUCAAUGCCGACCUGGACUCCGAAAAAGCCCAUUUGGAGUUGACCCAGGGCGGCAGUGCCAACAUGAUUGAGGAGUUUGAAAAGCGUGAACGACAGAUCGAGCAAUUACGCAUCAAACUUGAUGUUUUCCAGGCCGACUUGGAUAAGAUCCAAGUGAGUAUCGAUGAGGUUCGCGAAAGCUGGGAGCCUAAGCUCGAUACGCUCAUUAGCAAGAUCAGCGACGCCUUUUCAGACUCAUUCCAGCGCAUCGGUUGUGCUGGACAGGUCUGCUUGGACAAAGUUGAAGCCGAGAGCGUGAAUGGUGAGCGUGGCGGCAGCGAGUUCGAUCAAUGGUGCAUUCAAAUCUGGGUGAAGUUCCGUCAGAAUGAAAGCCUGUCCCUUCUGAAUGCCCAUCGUCAAUCCGGUGGCGAGCGAGCUGUGAGCACCAUUUUCUAUCUAAUGGCGCUUCAAUCACUCUCGGCAUCACCUUUCCGCGUGGUUGACGAGAUCAACCAGGGUAUGGACCCCAGGAAUGAGCGCAUGGUCCACGGUCGCUUGGUGGACAUUGCCUGUGCACCGAACGAGGAAGAGACCGACGAGGAUGGUAAUAUUGUCGGCGGUGGUGGAGGUGGACAAUACUUCUUGAUCACACCGAAACUUCUUAGUGGAUUGACCUACAAGCCUGGCAUGAGAGUACUCUGCAUCUACAGUGGCGAGCAUAUGCCUGAAGAUCACGGUGUCGACUUCACCAAGGCAAUCAGCAAAAUGAAGGAUCUCGUUGCCAGAGGUGGACGGCCCAAUGGCACGGCCAACCCUUCGGCCCUUGAGAGUCAGAAUCGGGUCAAUGUCUAUGCCUGA